ACACUCACAUCCACGCCGACCACAACCCAGUUUGCCUCCAAAACACCCCUCAACAUCCCCAAUCCAUCAAUUUCCAUCAAGACUACGAAUCUCACGGGGCUUGCUCAUCUACUUCCGUCCUUUUCUGCCGUUUUGGAGCGCGACACGCGUGAGAAACUUCGCAUGGUUGCUCACGACCUACAUUGCGACGAGGCCCGCGUGCAGGCCUUUUCGCGCUUAGUCAUCGCUGCCCGACCGCACGUCCCUCCAUGUCGCAUACCCGUGCGCAGGCGAGCAGACAUGUGCGACAGAGAAAGUUGAACACCAAGCAGCCGCUGCGCAUCUUUCGCGAGCGGGAGAUUGAUGAGACGCCCGACGAUGAGUCGCGCGGGAAUAUCCCUCAUGUCGAGACCGGAGUGGAGAAGGGGGAGGAGAUAGAAUACCAUCUCCAAGCUGUCAUCAAUGCCGCCAACGCGGCUGCGUUGGGAGCGGCGGCCGCUGGCAAGCAGAGCUACAUUCCCACUCCGGAGACUGUCAAGGCAAAAGGCGUCGUAUACGACGAUCUUUACCCCAAAGCCUUCGCGACUCCAGCCACCUACAUCCGCUUCAGCUCGACAGUCGAGGAUUGCAUCGGCGUGUCGUAUUGCAUGAAUGACGAGGAUGCCGAAUUUCUGAGUAAGCUCAACGAUGGCAAAGAUGUCAACGAUGAGCCGCGCAAGGACAAGCUCGGACAGUGUAGCGAGGAUGUCUUCGAGGAGGCCAUGAACUACUUGGAGGAGACCACGGCCCGUCUGCAACCUUUCGCCGCCGUUGAGAGUGUCUCACUUCCGGGUUUGGAGGAAAUGGAGAGGGCCAUCGACGACAACCUUUCCGCCGAUGCACAGACAUGGCUCAAGCCCGUCUACCAGUAUUGGUGGUCGAAGAAGGGUAGUCGGUCGUUGAUGCCAUCCAUCAAGGUCCGGGUUCUCGACACAUCCAACGACGCCGAUGACGCCGAUCCAUAUGUGUGCUUCAGACGCAGAGAAGUUCGCCAGACUCGCAAGACGCGCGGCCGAGAUGCGCAGGUGGUCGAGAAGCUGAAGAAGCUUCGCCUCGAGCUCGAGCAGGCCCGACAGCUGGUCCAACUCGUCGUCCAGCGUGAGCAACUCAACAAGGAGGAUCUCGAGAUCUCUCGCCGGGUGUUUGAAGAGCGGAAGAAGCUCAAGGAUGUCAAGAUUGACAAGAACAUCAUCGGGGAGAAGGGCGAGGACGAGGAACUGCUGGUCAAUCAGAAGCCAGCUCCAAAAGCCAAGAGGCCCCAGGAGGCCGGACGUCCUGCGACGAUCCGCCUUCGUUCGGCCGGCGAUCGCUCUGCGCCGGAGGACGAGCUUACGCAGCUCGCCGAUAUCCAGGCGCAGGCGGAUGCAGAGGUCCAGCGAACCAUCGCUGCCCGCAAGGAACAGCACAGGCGAUGGAAUGCGCAGUGGGAGGAUGAGACCUGGCGGCCACUCACUCCACCCCUUGACGACAAUGACGACAAGCCCAGAUGGGCGCCCCUUGCGCUGCCAGACGCAUCAUAUCCCACGCCACCUCCGACUCUGCCAUCGAAGAAUUCGCCAGAUCGAGACGAUGUAGAGAUGCAAGACGCGGCUCCAAUACGAGAAGAGGACGCUUCGGCUGGCGCCCCUCAGGAGCCGGAGAUCGUCUUCCAUAUUCCCGGAGCAUACCCGCAAGACGAAGAAAUGUACGUCGAACCAAAGCGAGAUCCCACGCCGCUUUGUCGACUUCGGUAUGGCCGAGGCGGUAGAUGCUGGCUCGAGGCCCGGCGCAAGCGGCCAUACGCCCUGAUUAGCAGGGGAGUGGUGUCGGAUUCCGAAAGCGAUGAUGAAGAGCCGCCCGAGUUCUUCCCGAUUGACCGGCAGAAGGUUUUCGACCUGCGCGUCGGCUUCAUGACCGGCCGUGUCGCGCGCCCGGAAAGCAUGGGCGGGGAGCGGCGGGGUUGGUCGAGCGGCGAUCAGGCGGCCGUGGCUGGUGCUUCUGGACAGCAGCAGCAGGCGCAACAGCAACAAACGCCUGCGGGAAGCGCUGGAUGAUUGGUCUUUCUGUGCCGCCGAGUGCGAGCACUGUGUUCGUAGGACAAAGUUC